AGGUAGUCUUAAACAGCAACCAACGUAAUGAACCUGUCAAUGCUGCUGUUUGCAUUUCUGGCGAUAUUGAUUAGCGAUUGUCACGCCGAAUCGCCUAACAUAGUAAAGGUAAGACUGGAAAGUUGCCCCGGUUGUCAACUAAACAGUUUACCGGAAAUAAAGACUUUCAUAUAUGAAGACAUGCCACGGUACCCUGAUGCCGAAACGAAGUUUAUUCACGGUGCCCCAUCGGAAUUGGUCUUUUUAACUGAAGAUGACGAAGAAGUGGAACGAAUAAAUAUUCAGAAGUACACCAGGAUUGAGUGCAAUCAGUUGCUAGAAGAGAGGGGGUUUGUGAGGACGAAGAAAAUCGUAAAAGCGGUAGUAAGAAGCUGUCCCGGUUGCAGUUUAAGUCGUUUACCUGAAGUGAAAGACUUCAUUUAUAUGGAUCUCAAAAACUACCACAAUGUGAAAACUGAAUUUAUAAGUGGAGCUCCCCCGGAAUUGAUUUUUAUAGAUGAAGAUGGCGACGAAGCAGAAGUGAUUAACUUAGAACCGUUGACUAGGGAAGAGUGCAAUGACUUACUAGUUGACCGCGAUAUUCCAAUCAAGAUGUAUGAUGAGUCCGAUGAGGAACUUUGGGAGCAAAGUAGAACAGAAUUAUAAAUAUGCCUGAUUGUUAGGUUACCUACAGGAAAAAGUACAUUUCAAGUUCCUCUGACCUUGUUAACCACUUUACCGUAAAUAAAUAAAUUUAAAAAACAUGGUGUUA